AUGACUGCCAACGACAAACAAACAGACGAUUUGCAAGAUCAAUCGUUCAAGGAGCAGCUUGACCGUGUUGCAACUGAACGACGUGAAGAUCAGCAAGGCGCAAAUACCAAUCCGAUUGUGGAGAAGAUCACGGAGCUUAUCCCAGCUGCCUCCAAGAUUUUGGGCACUGGAUCAAAGAACACCGAUACCAGCAAGCAAGGGACAGACAUUCCUGGCCCGCCUCACAGGCCAGACCAUGAUGACAAGAUUGAAGGCUUCAUCAGGGACCAGCAUCGAAGCAAGACCGAGGAUGGAGAGUUGAACAACACAGAGUAA